AUGGACCGGCAAUCAGUCUACUCUACCCGCGUUUACGAGCCUAGUGACGGCCAGAAUGCCGACACGCGCAUCAACAUCCAGAACCAGCUGGAGAAGUUCAUCCUGGACUUCAGACAUGGCUCCAAGUUCACCUACAGAGAUCAAUUGAAGGAGAACGCCCUUCUGAAGAAAUACUAUUGCGAUGUCCAUGUCACCGACCUCAUCAACUACAACGAGGAGUUGGCGCAUAGAUUGGUCACAGAACCGGCCGAGAUUAUUCCCUUGUUCGAAGCCGCUUUGAAGAAAUGCACCCACCGAAUUAUCUUUCCCCAACAAACCAAGGUCGACCUGCCCGAGCAUCAGCUGCUGCUUCACUCUGAUUCCGAGACCGUGCCGAUCCGCGAUCUGGGCUCGACGACGAUAGCUCGCCUCGUCAGAGUGCCGGGAAUCGUUAUCGGUGCCUCUGUCAUGUCCUCGAAAGCGACAGAGUUGUCUAUUCAGUGCCGUAAUUGCGCGCACUCAUCCACAAUACCCGUUUUGGGAGGCUUCACUGGAGUAACGCUCCCCAGACAGUGCGGCAGAUCAAGAGUUCCGAACGAUCCCACACCGAAGUGUCCCCUCGACCCCUACUUCGUUCUUCACGAAAAGUCCCGCUUCGUCGACCAACAGAUCAUCAAACUACAGGAAGCCCCGGAUCAGGUCCCGGUCGGUGAGCUUCCAAGGCACGUCCUCAUCUCUGCAGACCGCUACUUGACCAACCGUGUGGUCCCUGGUUCGAGAUGUACUGUAAUGGGAGUUUUCUCCAUUUACCAGAACAAGGCGACCAAGAACUCUGCCACAGGUGGUGCGGUUGCCAUCCGCACCCCCUAUUUGAGAGCCGCUGGCAUCCAGACCGACAUCGAUCAAACGGCGCGGGGGCAGGCGAUCUUCUCCGACGAGGAGGAGCAGGAAUUUUUGGAGAUGAGCCGUCGUGAGGGUCUGUACGACCUCAUGGCCGACUGCAUAGCACCAUCCAUCUACGGAAAUCGCGACAUCAAAAAGGCCAUUCUUUGUCUCCUCCUUGGUGGGUCUAAGAAGAUUUUGCCCGACGGUAUGAAGCUUCGUGGAGACAUCAACGUCCUCCUUCUCGGUGACCCCGGUACCGCAAAGUCACAACUGUUGAAGUUUGUGGAGAAAUGCGCGCCAAUUUCCAUCUACACGUCCGGUAAGGGCUCCUCCGCCGCUGGUCUCACAGCGUCUGUCCAGCGUGACCAAUCGACACGCGAGUUCUACCUCGAAGGAGGUGCCAUGGUUCUUGCCGACGGCGGUGUUGUUUGCAUCGACGAAUUCGAUAAGAUGCGCGACGAAGACCGAGUAGCGAUUCACGAAGCUAUGGAACAGCAGACAAUCUCCAUCGCCAAAGCUGGUAUCACCACGAUUCUCAACGCGAGAACGUCCGUGCUGGCUGCAGCAAACCCUAUCUUCGGUCGUUACGAUGACAUGAAGACCCCUGGCGAGAAUAUUGAUUUCCAAACCACUAUCCUGUCGCGUUUUGACAUGAUUUUCAUCGUCAGGGAUGACCACACGAGGGAGAAGGACGAGAGGAUAGCGAAGCACGUCCUGCGCCUGCACAGCGGUGGUCGUGGCGUUGAAGAGCAGCCAGCAGCGUCCGAGUCGGAAAUCCCCGUUGACAAGAUGAAGAGAUACAUCAGCUACUGCAAGUCGAGGAUGGCCCCUCGCCUUAGCCCGGAAGCAGCCGAGAAGCUCUCGUCUCACUUCGUAUCUAUCCGGCGACAGGUCCACGCUGCAGAGAUGGAGGCCAACACACGGUCUUCCAUUCCUAUUACUGUCCGUCAACUUGAGGCCAUUGUUCGUAUCACUGAGUCGUUGGCGAAGUUGACACUCUCCCCUAUUGCCACUGAGGAGCAUGUGGACGAAGCCAUCCGACUUUUCCUCUGCUCCACAAUGGACGCCGUCAACCAGGGCAGUAACCAGGGAAGCAAAGAGCUUAACGACGAGGUCAACAGACUAGAGACUGAGCUCAAGCGACGCCUUGCGGUUGGCUGGAGUACCAGUCUGUCGGCAUUGAAGCGCGAAUUUGUUGAGCAGAAGGGUUACACUGAGCAGGCACUCAACCGGACACUUAUGAUCAUGCAGAGGAGGGACACGAUUACUUUCCGGCAAGGAGGUGCUCAGAAGAUUCCGCAUAUUUCCAUGGCCGAGGUCCAGAGCAAUUCAGACAUGCCAGUUCUCAGCAGGCUCAACCUGCUCAAGAGCGCGGGCAGCAUAGAAACCGAUCCGACGCACUCGCGGCUGAGCUAUCGGUUUACCAGAUUUUUUACUUGCAACUUCGACCCGGAUUACGUCGUGGUAACGGUAGCGGUUUCCAUCCCUCGUAUUCCGACUUUUCCCUUGUCCUCACCCGACGACGAUUACGACGGCAGCGGCGACGACAAGAAGACCGAGACCUUCUCUCACUGCACUGUCAUCAUGUCGUUCCACCCCCGAACCCCUCAGAGUCCUUCUCAAUUUUCUCCUGGCACUUCCGAUCCUGCGUCGAGCAUAAACAGUUCGGCCCCGUCAUCGACCACAACUCUGCCGACACCAGCCCACAGCGUCAACGGAAGCGCAUCACAGCCCUCCGACAUGUCUCAGGACAUCAUCAUGGGCGAUGACUCGCCUCAUAAGCGCAAGCGCCUGCUCGAAGAUCUUGGUGAUCGAGAGCAGAAGAAAGUCCACAUCGAGGAUAGCAAAACUGGUAUUGAGGCACUCCACCUGGAUGUCGGAGAGAAAUACCUACUUUGCCAAACUCCGCACCACGAGAGACUGCCGCGAAUCACAGAAGAUCUAUUCGAGAUGUUCAACCUGACCGGCAUCGCCGCAGAAGUCGCUCGCGAGAAGCCCAACGGUGAGAAGAAUGCUCUGCGGAAGACCUACAAAGGUCAGAUCAAGAAGCUGGGAAUCCUCGGCCGUUUCGACUCUGUCGCUCAGGACUGGGACGCUCCGAUGGAGGACAGCGGCGACAAGAAAAGAGAGGCGUACCACGGCUUCAGGGAAUUGUUGGAGAUUCCAGAUGCAGAGUUUUGGGGCACGCGGCAAGAUCCGAUUACGAACGGUCUGUCUAGCACUGUGAAAUCGGUGCUUAGCAGAGCAACGAACAUGGCCAAGGGACCCAUCCCCGUCAAGGAUUGGGAUAGCUCAGUGCUCGGGGACAUCGGUCCAGGUGGCGUAGAUGCCCUGAAGCAAGGUCUCGCGGGCAAAGCAACUGCGCCUGGCACGCCUUCCGCGACGACGCCGAACCCGUUUAUGCGGAAGCAGCAACAGACGGCCCCGGGAGCUGUUCGUCCCCAACGGACGAAGAAGCGUGGCUACGGCGACAACAGCUUUGAGGGUUACGGAGAAGGCUUCCCCGACGACGGCUACUCUACGGGAGAUGGCGACGACAGGGGAGGCCAAAAGCGUCGGAAGAAGGAUAGCGGUAACGGGCAGGCGUUCCCGAACACGAUGCGUCCGCAAGGCUACGGUUCGAGCGCCGUGGGCGCAUAG